UGUUUCUGUUGAACAGAACACACAACGCCCAUUUAACAUCUCUUAUAAAAUGACGGAUAAAUUUAAUAAAUACGAACUUAUUAGUCCAGAUUGGUUAAAUAAAGACUUUAUUGAAAAAAUCCUAAAAGAUUACGAGAAGGACGAUCGAAUAAAAGUCUUAUCAUUAGACAUCACGCCGGCUACUUUAAAUAACGAUCACUAUGGAAGUGUUAUGUAUCGGACAAAAAUUCAAUAUAAUAAUUCGAAAAAUAAAAACAUACCAUUGUCGUUGGUGGUAAAAACGAUGCCAGAGAAUGAUAGUCCUAAAAAGGAUAUGCUGUCGGAUACAUUUCUCUUUCGAACUGAAAUACGGAUGUAUUCGGAAACUAUACCAAAAAUGGAAGCAAUAUUACGAAAAUAUGGUGAUGAUACGAUACUGGGAGCAAAUUAUUAUGCUGCAAUGAAACCUCAUGAGAUAAUAGUUUUUGAAGAUUUGGUGGUUAAGGGAUUCUCAACUCUAAAGAACCGUAUGCCAAAUGAGGAAGAAGUCAGAAGAGCUUUGAUGAAAAUCGCUAAAUGGCAUGCUGUUAGUUAUAUUCUAGCAAAAGAGGAACCAGAAGCAAUAACCAACUACAAUGAAGGCGUUUUUACCAUUGACAUGAAUAAAAUUGAAGUCUUUAAAAAUGCAGGCAGAUCAUUCAUCGACAAUACUUUAGUUUGUGACGAUGAGCUUAAGACAUAUAUACCGUUAUUUGAGAAAUUAGACAAAACUCUACUUCAAAAUUGUGUAGAUAUAUGGCAUGCAUAUAAACGUGGCGAUAAAGCUUUAUUUGUUUUGAAUCAUGGAGAUUUUCAUAUGAAAAAUAUGAUGUUUAAACACAAAGAAUCUGGAGAAUUGGAUGAUUUGAUGCUGCUUGACUUCCAAACAUGUUAUUAUGGUCCAGCAGUAACAGACAUAAUGAAUUCAACUUAUAUGUUGAUGGAUGGAGAUACAAGGUGGAAUAAACGCGAUGAAAUGAUUUAUUAUUACUUCAACAUCUUUAGCGAUUCUCUGAAGAAAUUUGGAUUCAAAGGUGAUAUACCAAGAAUGGCUGAUUUACAAAUUGAUUUAAUCAAAUAUCGAGCAUUUGAAACAUUCAUGGCGGUAACAUAUUUGCCAUUUAUAGCUUGUUUUAAUGAUGAUUCAAUUGAAUUGGACAAAAUUAUGGAAUCACAAGAGUAUAGGUUAAAAAUGUUUUCAAAUCCUAUGGUAGUAGCUGAAGCCAAGAGAACUCUUCCUACAUAUUUGUACAAGGGCCAUUUAGAAUAAUUCACAUGGUUUGUAAGGUUUUAAGUUAUAUGUAAAGUGAAUGUUUUAAUAAAUUAUUUUA